AUGGCGGACAACGAAGCGACAGCUGAAACUGAAGACGAAUUCGAACAAUUUCCGAGCGUGAUAUUUCCGCUGUUGCAAGAACUCGAGAAGAAAUUCUUCGAUGUCGUUGCCGACGGAAAUGUCGCCGAAGUGCGACUAUUCCUGGACGAGAAUCCGAAAUUCAAUGUUAACGUCAUGAAUUUCCAAGGUGUUACCGCGCUCCACAUCGCCGUCAAGGAUAGGAACAUACCGAUGGUGGAGUAUCUCUUGUCCCAACCAGAGAUCGACCCGGGUGAUGCACAUCUGCACGCGAUCAGGGAUAAUCAAAUACGGAUCACUAUGAUGAUAUUGGACAAGCUGAAUGAAUUGACGCCCGGCUUCGAAUAUGCUGGCGUCACUCACAGUCCCGAUUUCCCGGACGACACAAUCCCCCUAGCCAUCGCAGCGCAAUAUGGACACUUCGAGAUGAUUGAUAUGCUCAGAUAUCGACGUCACAUCCUGUACAAGCCUCAUCCGCCUAGCUGCAAUUGCGAGGAUCUGUGCAAGUACGACGACGCACACGGCAAACGCAGAAUGUUUCUCAAAAUAAUACCGGAAAGGGAGAAAGGCGAUAUCCUGACCAUGGAGAGAAUGCGUCUGUUUAUGUACAGGGCGGUAUCGAAUCCGGCAUAUAUCUGUCAAACUGAGACCGAUCCAAUUUUAAAGGCUUUUGAAUUAUCUGCCGAGCUUAACAGGGAAGCCACGUUCGACAAAGAAUUUUAUCCCGACUACAAAGAACUGUCUUCAGAGGUGUCUCAAUUCGCUACAGACUUGAUCGGAUGCGCCCGUAAAGUCGAGGAGGUCGAGUGUAUUUUGAAACGAAACGUCGGUUUCGGUCGUGCCUCCAGCUUUCUAUAUCCGCGACUCCUACUAGCUUUGGAUUAUGAACAGAAAACCUUCGUAGCUCAUCCAAACGUACAGCAGUUGGUCGAGAGCACGUGGAUCGGCAGUUGGCACGAUUGGAAGGUCCGCAACACGUGGCUGAAGUGUCUGUCGGUGAUCCCGCAAAUCGGCUUGCUGCCGUUCAUAACUUUCGUCGUAGUAUUCGCGCCGAACUCGAAGCAAGCCAAGUUCUACGACAUCCCAGUGAACAAAUUUCUCUCCUCCGUGGCAAAUUAUCUGAUAUUCCUCACAUUCGUGUUCCUACAGUCGCACAGCGACAAGACCGAGCAGCUUCGCGGACCGCCCCAUACCGGAUUCGAAUGUUUCCUCGCUAUUUACGUCGUGUCGUACAUAAUUGCGCUCAUUCGACUCUGCAUCGUAGACGGUCCGGUCAGGUGUUUCAAGACGCGGAGAAAUUGGUACGAGCUUAUCAUGCUCAUACUGUUCGUGCUGACGUUUCUCUUCUGGAUAGUCGCCGCGUUGGACGUAAGAAUAAACGGUCAACACGACUUGGAGAGAAAAUAUUGGUACAAGUACGAUCCGACACUGAUAGCGGAAGGGAUCUUUUGUCUCGCGACGAUCAUGGCGUUUUUCAAGCUAUUAUUUAUCUGUCAAUUAGACUACGAUCUGGGACCGCUGCAACUGUCUCUGUUCAAAAUGAUCAGAGACGUCGGUCAUUUCCUCGCGAUAUUCGGUAUCAUCAUCAUGGCUUACACGGUUGGACUCUGUAAACUGUAUCAGUACUACGACGGAAUGGUGCAGACCGACUACGAGACAAAGAUGAAGGUCGAACAAGAGAGCUCUUUCGUGAGUUUUAAAUCCACCCUGAAGACUCUUUUCUGGGCGGUUUUCUGCAUGAGUCCGGUGGAAAGUGCCGACGUGGUGAUCGAGAAUCUUCCCGGUGAAAGAGAAUCGGAGACAAUAAUCAAUCAUCACAGCUUCACCGAGCUUAUCGGUUACCUCGCUUUCGCAGGCUUCCAAUUUAUCACCGUAGUGGUCGUUUUGAACAUGCUGAUCGCGUGUAUGGCGAACACCUUCACCAGAGUGACCGACAACGUUAAUGUGGAGUGGAUCUUCGGCCGAACCGAGGCUUACGUUGAUUUCAUGCUCACGACGACCCUCCCGCCGCCGUUCUGCAUCUUUUCGAUAUUCACGGGUCUAAAGCCGGUGAUCGAGUACUUCAAAGUGCUGUUUAAGCCACCGCCCGGCAAGCGAGCACGAUGGGACUUCAUAAAUUGCUGCUACAUCGUCAGUAUGCCGAACUUCAAUAUUGAUCUAAUGCUGGAGAAGGACGAUCAGUUCGCGGAAAUUAUGACACAACUGGUGCAACGUUACUUCCGGCAGCGCGAGAGGAAAGUGGAGGAAACGGACAUGCAAAAGCUGAGGAAGGAGCUGAUGGAGUUCAAUAACAUCCUAAAAGAGGCUCUCAGUCCGUCCUAA